GCCAAAAUAUUUGUUUUGAAGAAAAGUACCUAGCCUAAAAUCAGAUUUUUUUACCACAGAUUUUUCUGUGAGAAUAUUUCAUACUGCAAAAAAUAAACCUUUGCAUAAACAUCCAUAAUGUUAGAAGUCCUUAAUGGAUUUCUCCUCCUUUACUUCGUAAUCCUUUGUACAUUGAGUGCAUUCGUUCCAAUUUUAGUAAGACCAAUUGCUGCAUGCUUUGCAAGGCCUUCAAAAGAUGACCGGUCUCUUCUUGCAGAAAUGGUGAAACUCAAGUCAGAGCAACAAAAUAUAUCAAUGAAAGAUGAAUUUGCAGCAUUCUCAAAAAUACAGCGAAAAAUAAAUAAACUAGACACCAUACUAAAAGAAAACUCACAGACCCGUUUAAGUAAAAGUCUAGCUAUAAAAGGAUCAAUUCAUGUGGUGCUGCAAGUUGUUAUUGCUUUAGUUAUUGUUGUAUCUGUAUUCUGGUUUAGGCGAGAGCCAAUAGUAGCUUUAGAAGGAGAUCUGUUUCCUUUUUCCACAAUGCUUAGAUAUCCAAGCAGUACACCAAAUGCUGUAUCAACACAUGUAUGGGUUUUGAUCUCAAAUGUAUCAAUAAGAACUUUGAUCAAACCUUUUGCUUCAAUAUAAAAAAAAUACUCAGAUGUUCAUUAACUAUAUUCAUUCAUUAUAAUGUACUGAACAAUCAAAGCUUGCUCAAAGAUGCUUUGAAAAAGUAGUAAAUAACUUCUAACUGAACAAUGCAUGAAUAAUACAUUCAAAUUUCUAAGUUCAAAAGUGUUUUAUUCUUGUCUACAUGGGUAAAAAUGUCUUAUUGCAGGCACUUAUAAAACAUGUUAUCACUGAAAACAAAAGCUAGGAGAGUUCCAAAUCGCCCUAGCUGGCUGCUUAAGAAGGGCCCACAACAAACAUAGCCAGGUUUAUAUUUUAUUUUUGUUGAAUUAAUAUUUAGCUAUAAAGUUAGAGCAAUUCAUAUUCAGGCUUUUUUUUCAUACAUGUUGUGUAACGUUUUAUAUAUACUUUGAAGUAAUUAUUGAGAGAUAUCUCAAGGAAUUUCAUCUGGUAAUUUGUUAUAAAAUCAUAUACAAUUACUCUUAAAUGAAUCACUUAUUUCAUGCAGCCUAGUAAAUGCACUACAGUCCAGUCUUUUUAAAUUUUGUCAUUUUUAUGUAUAUUAAUUCAAUUUUUAAAAAUUUAAAGGUGAAAGUUUUUUAAAAACAAGCCUAGCAGUUUGUCAUACAACAUAUAAUAUUACUGGGUAUGCUGCAUCGCUGCAUAUGCUGUUUGAUAAAUUAUUUAUAUGUGGGCCCCAUUGAAGUUAGCACUUGUUAUACCUAGAAAUAUUGUUGUAUCCAACAGAGCAAUUCCUCAUUAAGUUGUUCAAUGAUUUUUACUUGUUUAACAUUCGGUAACGUGAAUAUAAUACACUUGAUUUUCCUUCUGUUUAAAUUUACCUCAAACCAUAGUACUACUUUAGCAAGGCAUUUGUUUACAUAGUCAAGAUUAGUUUCGCGUCGUAUAAUUUCAACCAUCAGUGAUCAACAAACAAUUAUAUAAUAAUAACAACCCUGUGAUUGUCCUUAAAAAGAUCAUCCAUGUAAAUGACGUACAGAAAAGGUCCUAGUAUAGACCCCUAAAGGACACCUAUUUUCACACAUGACUGUUUUCCAUUAACGUCAUCUUUUUGAAUUCUAUUGUUAAGAUAGGAAAUCUUUAAAUAUAGUGUUAUGCCACAAAUAGUGGUGUAAUUUUCUGAUUGAUGCCUCAUGUUGAGCACAAUAAACAUAUACAUAUUAGUAAGGAGUUAUAAAAAUAUUUGAAUAAAAAGCUUUUGAUAAUU